AUGGACCCUCCGAAAGAAGGUUCCGGCGAGACCGGAAUCUCUGCCUCCGGGAAGCGUUUAAUGAAGGUUAAGCAGGAGAUCGGUGAGAAAAUGAAAAGAGACAAGAAGGAAGCCAAAGACUCAAUCGCGGGGAGGGUCGCCAAGCGGAUUCAAGAGGUCGUUAACCUCAUGGUUCAAGCUCACGGCCAAAAGGAGUUGGCCAGGGUUUGUUCCUCCGACGAAACUCCCGAAACCGCCCCGGAGGGUUGGUUUUGCAUUCACGAGAAGUAUAUCUCUAAAUGCCACCUCCGGUUUCCGCUUCCAGAUCUCCUGUUAGACCUUCUUGACCAUUAUCAACUGGCCCUCUCUCAACUCUGUCCCUCGGUUAUCCGAGUGAUAAAUGGUUUCAUUACCAGAGCUAAGGAGGAAGGGGUCGCCGUUGGACUGACCGAACUGAUGAGCCUCUACACGAUCAAGGAGAGCUCUAGUAAGGACGGUGGCAGUGAUAUCGAGGAUCCUCCUAAGCUUACUGAUAAGCUGUCUAGAGCUCUUUUUCGGAAGUUAUAUCAAAGUCCUAAUACUUGGACGUCUUUCACUGUCUCUCGCAUUGGAUCAGCUAGGUACCCGGAUCGAUACAACGCCAGGUUCCUUGACCCAAUUCCUGCUGAAGAUUUAGAAGGUCCUUUCGUGGUAGAUCUUUCGACUGGAGCUAGUACUUCUGAAACCAAAAAGACUCAAGCUCCCAAGAUGAGGCCUUCUUUCCGUUCCAGGAACAAACCCGCUGCAGCUGCCAGUGCUUCGCGAGGCAGCGAUAAGACCCAAGGAGGAGCCUUCCUUAGCUCGCUGAAGGAGGUCCUUGAUGAUGGGUCCUCUGUUCCUGCUAAGGAUGUUAACCCGGUUAAGCCCAAAGCUCAAGAUGUUGUUCCUCGUCCUGAGGUCCCGACAGUUGAAGCUAAUCCUCAAGCUGCUAGAGAUCCUCUCGAGGUCGAACCUCCGAGAAACAAGAGGUCUCGGACUGAUUUGGGAGAUAGGCCCACCAGAUUUCCUCCUCGUCUUCGCGGGGAGGGACCGUAG